AUGGCUAGUCCUCCCGUACUUGCUUUCGAUGCUGAGGGCCGCCCAGUGAAGUUUGACACCUGGCUAGAUGACCUGCACCUCUUCCUACAGCUCACUGCCAAGGAGGAUAUUUCGCUGUACGAUCAUGCCCUCGGUCACGCUACUGCCCCUCCUACCACUGCAGACAGCACUCAGCGCUCACAGUGGCAGACUCGUGACGCCCACGCUCGCUUCGCUAUUCGCAACUCCCUGCCGAUAGAUGAGCGCGAGCACUUUGGCCAGCACAAGACUGCUAAGGAACUGUACACUGCUGUUGUUGCUCGUUACUCCUCACCUGCUUCUGCCACACUAGGCCGCCUCACCCUCCCCUACCUGUUCCCCGACCUGGCCUCCUUUCACACAGUUGCUGACCUCAUCACCCACCUCAAGACUAGUGAGGCCCGCUUUCGCGCUGCUAUGCCUGACGAGUUCCUUGCUAGCAAUCCCCCCCCGCUCUGGAUCACUCUCUACCACAUCGUCACCCGCCUCCCUGACUCUCUGCGCACAGUCAGGGACCACUUCCUCGCUCGCUCCCCCACUGAGCUCACCAUUGCCCUCCUCGAGAAGGAACUGCUUGCAGCUGAGGCGAGCAUCGUCGCUGUAGGCACCUCUCGUGGCGACCCCCGCACCCCGUUCUUUGAGGGGUGUUCCCCUUCCCCCCUUCUCCCCUCUGUAGCCUCUGCUGCUGCUGUCGACCUCCUUGGUGCUGAGAAGGUCGGGACCGCGUCUGCUCCGAGCGGGCGCCGCAGGAGCAAGGGGGGCAAGGGUGGAGGUGGCGGAGGGGGAGGCGGGGGUGGCGGCGGUGGGGGUGGAGGUGGGGCUGGAGAGGCUAGUGGCGGCAGUGGGGGUGGUGACAGCAGCGGCGGGAGCGGUGGCAGGGGCGGAGGCGGCAGCGGAGGCGGAGGUGGUCGUGGCGGCGGCAGGGGUGGAGGUGGCCGAGGCGGUGGCGGCGGCGGUGGUGGACAUGGAGACGCGGGCGGUGGCCAGAGCCAGCAGCGCCCCCCGUCGCUCCAGGAGGCCCACGUGUGGGAGGCCGCACCCCAGGCAGCGCUGUUUCUCGCGCCUGGCGCAUGGCGCGCCCAGUUUCCUGCUGCCACUGAACUGCCCCACUGGGCUGAGCUGGAGAGGAAGGGAGUUGAUAUCUGGGCUCUAGACUUUGAUGCUAUUCUCACUGCCAUGUAUGCGAUGUUUACUAGUGGAGAGGGUGCUCAGUACUUGCGUGUUCCGCCCGACCCGGGCAUUCUGACCAGUCCGACUGCCGCUCUAGGUGCUAGUGAGUCUGCUGCCCCAGGUCCUGGUGAGGCUGCUGCUCUAGGUGCUCGUGAGUCUGUGCCCCCUGGUACUGAGUCGACUGCGGCACUGCACACCUUCACACUGGACUCAGGUGCUUCUCGUUGUUUCUUUCGUGACCGCACUGUCCUUGAGCCACUCGCUCGACCAGUUGCUGUCUCCCUCGCUGACCCCUCUGGGGGUCCGGUCAUUGCGACCUCCUCCACUGUCCUUCCUUGUCCUGCGGUCCCGUCAGGCACGCUGUCAGGUCUCUACCUCCCCUCGUUCUCUACGAACUUGGUGGCAGGUCUUGUGCUCCAGGACGGGGGUGUUCACCAGUUCACCCCUGCCUACGAGCGCGUGACACACUGCACGUGUGCUCGGACGGGUCGCCACCUGGCUACCUUCACUCGAGAGCCGGGGUCGGACCUGUACACACUGACCACUGAGUCCCCUCAGGUAGCUGCGUCUGCGUCUGCGUCAGGUCAGCUGUCCGCCCCCUGCUCGUGUCGCUCUCUGGCGCAUGAGACUGUCCUCUGGCACCACCACCUUGGUCACCCGUCUGUGCAGCGCCUUCGGGCCAUGCACAAACGAGACCUUGUUGCUGGUCUUCCCAGGGUUCUCCCUCCCCUCCCACCCUCGCCUGCUCCUCCCUGUCUUCCCUGUGUCGAGGGGCGGCAGCGCGCCGCUCCUCACUCCUCCUCUUUUCCCCCGACGACUGCUCCCUUGCAGACGCUCCACUUGGACGUGUGGGGCCCAGCCCGCGUCCGUGGACAGGGUCAGGAGAGGUACUUCCUGAUUGUUGUUGACGACUUCUCGCGCUACACCACGGUCUUCCCCUUGCGCGCCAAGGGUGAUGUCCCUGAUGUCUUGAUCCCUUGGAUCCGCAGAUCUCGUCUCCAGCUCAGCGAGCGUUUCCGCUCAGACUUUCCUGUCCUGCGUUUGCACUCUGACAGAGGUGGGGAGUUUUCCUCUGGCCUCUUGGAGGCCUUCUGUCAGCAGGAGGGCAUUGAGCAGUCGUUCACGCUUCCGGCCUCUCCACAGCAGAAUGGGGUUGCUGAGCGCCGCAUUGGCUUGGUCAUGGAGGUCGCUCGUACCUCCUUGGUUCAUGCGGCUGCCCCCCACUUUCUAUGGCCGUUUGCGGUCCGGUACGCCGCACAUCAGCUCAACCUCUGGCCCCGAGUCUCCCUCCCGGAGACUUCUCCGACACUGCGUUGGACGGGAGAGGCUGGCGAUGCGUCGCGUUUUCGGGUCUGGGGAUCCCGAGCUUUUGUCUGCGACACGUCCGCGGACAAGCUCUCCCGUCGCGCUGUCCCCUGUGUCUUCCUUGGCUUUGUCCCGGACGCCCCUGGUUGGCAGUUCUACCACGCCACCUCGCGUCGUGUCCUAGCCUCUCAGGACGUCACUUUUGACGAGUCCGUCCCCUACUACUGCCUCUUCCCCUACCGCACUGCCCCACUCCCCCCCCCGCCUCUCUUCCUCGCUCCAGGUGCUGAGGUACCAGACCCCCUCCCCCCUCAGGGUGCCGCUCCCUCAGGUGUGUCCCAGGUAGACCCGGGUGAGCCUGUCGAGGUAGCUGUUGACUCUCGUCCUGCUAGGGGUACUGAGCCUGGGGGUGCUGAGCCUGGGGGUGCUGAGCCUGGGGGUGCUGCGUCUGGGGGUGCUGAGCCUGGGCGUGCUGAGUCUGGGGGUGCGGAGCCUAGGGGUGCUGAGCCUGGAGGUACGGAGCCUGGAGGUGCGGAGUCUGGAGGUGCUGAGCCUGGGGGUGCUGAGUCUGGGGGUGCUGCGUCUGGAGGUGCUGAGCCUGAGACUGCUACUCCUGGCGGAGCCCUCUCCUCCCAGCAGCUGCAGGAGCGGUACCUACAGUACUGCCGCCUCCGGAGAGGUGCUACUGGAGCUCGUACCAGUACUUCCCCUCCUACCCAAAAGCUCCCCUCCCUUCAGCAGAUCCGCGAGUGGUACACGCGGCGCUGCAGUCUUCGGAGUGGUGCUCCUGGUGCUGCGGACCCUGGGGGUGGCGCUGCUGCUGGUGCUGAGGACACGAGCGUCGGAGCUGCUGCUGCUGCUCAGUUCUUCUGA